AUUUUCGAGCUACCGACCUCUAUCCCUUUUUUGGGGGGUGGGUGGUGAAGUUUAUGAAUUGUUUUUUGGUCGCAAUCAAUUUUUGGACAAUAUUGUUUAUGUUAAGAAGAGCAUCUUCAAAUUAUCUCUCCAAAUCCAAACUCAUCAUGGAUUCAAACAACUGUUUUGGGGGAUCCCAAAGGCUCACAACCUUAGCUCGGCAUCUUCGAUUGUACAAACCCCCUCCAACUUUCGAUGAAUCCGAUAUUGAAGAGCAAAGAAUCGAAGAAAGUGCAGGAAAGUUGGUUUCUCAGGUGGGUUUUGUGGAAUCUGCAACCCCAAUUGCAAGCCAACCCGAAAGAUUCAAACCCAAGAGAGCCGCUGUUUUGAUCUGUCUCUUUGAAGGGGACGAUGGUGAUCUUCGUGUCAUUCUCACUAAGCGAUCUUCUAGACUCUCCACUCACUCAGGUGAAGUUGCAUUACCAGGUGGGAAAGCAGAGGAGGGAGAUAAAGACGAUGCAGAGACAGCAACUAGGGAAGCAAAGGAGGAGAUAGGGUUGGACCCUUCUCUCGUGAGUGUUGUGAAUGUCCUUGAACCAUUUUUGUCCAAGCAUCUCCUCCGAGUAAUUCCUGUUAUCUGCAUACUCUCCGACAAAAAAGCAUUCAAUCCUGCUCCAAAUGUUGCUGAAGUGGAAGCAGUAUUUGAUGCUCCCUUGGAAAUGUUUAUAAAGGAUGAAAAUCGGAUGGCAGAGGAGAGAGAGUGGAUGGGUGAGAAGUAUCUGAUUCAUUCCUUCGACUAUGAAACAGAUAAUAAUCAGAAGUAUAUGAUAUGGGGUUUAACUGCUGGGAUUUUGAUUAGGGCGGCAUCAGUUGUGUACCAAAGACCACCGGCUUUUCGUGAGCAGAAUCCCAAAUUCAAGAUUCCUAGGAUUGCAGACAAACAUACUGGCCUAUUGCAAGUUCAGGAAGCUUGUUUGGUUGUGCAUACACCUUUACAUUACACAUUAUCCGUUCUAUUCAUUUAUACUGUGCCAAUGCUUAUGAACAUGAAGGGCAAAGAUGAGCUCAUGGAUUCCAACAGCAUUGGAUCAGCAGGGAGACUAAUGAACAUAGCUCAACAGCUUCGACUCUUCCACACCAAUUACAACCCCAUUGAAGACCCAACAAUCAAAGACAGUGCAGGCAAGGCUGUUCCUCAAGAUCUGACUACAAAUUCAGAAUCUGCAACAAACCCACCUGAAAGAAUCAGAUCCAAGAGAGCUGCAGUUCUGAUCUGCCUCUUUGAAGAUGAAAGAGGAGAUCUCAGAGUCAUUCUUACCAAGAGGUCUUCAACACUGUCCACUAAUUCAGGGGAUGUGUCCUUGCCAGGUGGGAAGACAGAUGAAGGGGAUGCCAAUGAUGUUGAGACAGCACUGAGGGAGGCCAAGGAGGAGAUUGGCUUGGACCCUUCACUUGUCAUUGUUGUCACUGUUUUACAUCCCCUGGUAACAAAGGUUGGUAUUACUGUAGUUCCAGUGGUUGGCAUACUUCCAGACAAGAGAGCAUUCAAUCCAACUCUAAACACAGCAGAAGUGGAAUCUAUAUUUGAUGCCCCUUUAGCCAUGUUUCUCAAGGAUCAAAAUCGGAGAGCAGAGGAGAGAGAAUGGAUGGGUGACAAAUACCUGUUGCAUUUCUUCGAUCAUGAAACAGAGAAUGGAGUGAAUUAUGUCAUAUGGGCUUUAACAGCUGGUAUUCUGAUUAGAACAGCAUCAAUUGUGUACCAGCAACCACCUGACUUCCAAGUGAGUGAGCCUAAAUUCUGGACUAGAAGUUGCUGAUGCAGAUCUUAAAAGUCAAAUUAUACCAAGUUAUAUCCCAACCAAACUCUCAAUGAAGAUAGUCUCAUGCACUGGGGCUACCUUUUUGUAUACCGAUGUUCAUUUUAUGCUUCGUGUAAUAACAUCACACCAAACCCUAAAUUCAAGACUGCGGGAAUUUUUAUCAAUUUUUGGCAGAAGAUACCUAAUCAAGGAGAAAACUUAACCAUAUUGUAACUUUAUGAUGGGAAUGGUAGCAAAUAAAAGCAUAUCCAUAUAAUUUGGGGUCCGGUUCAUGAAA